AAUUCAUAACGCAUCAGUGGUUCCCAUUCGGUUCGUUGAGGAGCGUGUGGACCAUCGUGUAGCAACGAGGCAUCAAGUUCAGCUGUUACCCUGGGAAAGUGCCACCUCAGUCGGGAAGAGUUUGCCUGCAUUAACGUCCAAACGCAGACAAUGGCGAAACAGGCGAGGCUAAUUUCGCUCUGCUGGAUCGCGCUAGUGAGCGUGGUCCUCCAGCAGGGUGGAAUCGGUGUCGAAGGGAAAGCCACGGUGGAGCAGAUGAAUAAAGCGGGCGAGAUGAUGCGGAACGUUUGUCUGGGGAAGACCAAAGUGAGCGAGGAGCUGGUCAACGGAUUGCGCGAGUCAAACUUUCCCGACGUCAAGGAACUCAAGUGCUACGUCAACUGUGUAAUGGAAAUGAUGCAAACGAUUCGAAAGGGAAAAUUGAACUAUGAAGCGACCAUGAGACAGAUCGAUACCAUAAUACCGGACGAGUUGGCCGAACCGCUGCGAAAAGCUCUCGAUAUUUGCAGAAACAGUGGUGAAGGCAUCAAGAACAACUGCGAUGCAGCCUACGCGAUAACUCAGUGCAUCUCGAAAAAUAAUCCCCAAUUUGUAUUUCCGUAGAAACUGAUGCUUGGUGAGAUUUUUAACGAAACCAAAAUUUAAUCUUAAAUGCACUUGAUCAUGUAACUUUCAUGAAUCGUAUCUUCCUGUUUACGUACGCGCUGGUUAAAUAUAUUUUCUAAACAGAAGAGAAAAA